AUGGUUGUUAAAUUGAGCCUGAAGAGGAAGAAAGCAAGGAAGGGGAGUAGUGAUUGUAGCAGCAGCAAUGGAAGAAGAAGAAGAAGUAAUAAACUACUGGAAGAUUUGCCAGUUGCAAUCAUCUUCGACAUCUUUUCAAGACUUUCCGCCGUUACUCUAAUUCGAUUAAGGAGUGUGUGUAAGUUCUGGAACAACUUGACACGAGACUCUGGAUUCAUUGACCUCCACCUGAAGAAGAGGAAAUUGAUGCACGACGACAUACCACCAUCUCAUCUCAUCCUGUUUGCAUCAAGGACAUACUUUGAUAAGAAAUGGAGUGGCUUGUUUUGGAUAGAUGAUGGGGUUGAAGAAGGGAAUUGUAAAGCUAGAGAAAUUCAAAUAGAGGGUUUGCAGAAGUUUCAGUUCGUUGGGUCUUGCAAUGGAUUGAUUUGUUUGGAGCCAACGGAGUUGCAAUUUCGUUUUGUCACCAUCUGUAAUCCAAUUACAGGUGAGAAAUGGUGUUUGCCACCUGGAGAUGAGUUCCUUAGCUUUAAUCGUAUAAGGGUUCCUAGAAUUGGUUUUGGGUUUGAUGAUGCAACGGGAAAAUAUAAACUGAUUCGAUUCUGGCGUGAUGAUGAAAGACAAAAAUUGGUGGGAGAAAUCAUCAGUUUGGGUGAAGGAGGAGAAGGUUCAUGGAGAAAGUUAGAUAUUCCAGUACUGACCGAAGGAGGAUUUUAUUAUGGAUUCAACACAUCGACGGUGCUGUUCUUGAAUGGGUUCCUAUAUUGGAUAAUCACAAGGAAUAUUAAUGCAGAUGAUGAUGAUGAUGAUGGAGGAGGAGUUGAACAACAACGAUAUUAUUAUUAA